AUGGGUAGCAGAGAUUUCGUGGUUGUGAAGGGUAAGCAAGAUGGGUUUUCCCCUGGUUCUGAGUUGCGGAUUCAAUGGAGUCUCCCAGAGGGUGCUUUCCCUGGCGGAGGCCUUUUUGCCAGCGUUGGCCAAAUGGGCAAUAUGGGUUUUGGCAUGUCACCCAAUUCCCCGGAUUCUCGAGACAACAAUGGCGGAUUCAAGCUUCCUUACACAGAUUUGUACGUGAAGUACGUGUCUUCGCCGGAGGGGUUUCGAAUUGUCGGUGUUCCAGAUGGGACUGAAGAGGAGGGCCUGAAGAGGAAGAAGAAGAAUGGGCUGAGACUAAAAAAUUAA